GCAGCCACAAUGAAUCGCCCGGAGCUGGACUACUAUGCGGUGUUGGACCAGCCGAGGGGAGCCACCAAGGAGCAGAUCACACUGGCCUAUCGCCGCCUGGCCAUUCGCCUCUGUCCGCAUCGCGACAAGAAGGACGAGCAGGACUUUGUGCCGCUGGCCCAGGAGGGUCGUCUUACGCAUCUCUCGCCCAUGGGCGAGCCCAAGCAGUGGGCCUACAUCAACAUGGCCUUCGAUGUGCUGGGCAACGAUCUGUAUAGGGCCAUCUACGAUCGGUUUGGCGAGGCCGGUCUCUUCGAGGGAGUAAUGCUGCCGAAUGGCUACUUUCCGCCAUAUCAAUACGAUGGCGACCACAUGAGGGUCUAUCAGGCGGUCUUUGGCAGCUACUCUCCCUAUGCCAAUGUGAUCGAUGCCAUUGCCAAUCCGCCCAGCUUGUAUGCCACCAGGCAGCACGGGAUUGGAGUGCGUACGAAGGACUCCAGCACGGAGAGAAUAAUUGAGCUCUCGUUGGAGGAAGUGCGCACUGGCUGUGUGAAGCUGAUGAAUGUGUGGCGCCAGGAGAUCGUGGACGCCAAGGAGUCGCGGCUGGAGAAGCGCAAGCACACCCUAAAGCUGAACAUUGCCCCGGGAACAACGGCGGGAACUCGCUUCUGCUUCAAGGAGGAGGGCGAUCGCUAUCCGGCCACCAUUCCGGGUGACAUUAUCUUCAUAACCGCCGAUAAGGCUCAUCCAAGUUUCGAGAGAAGGAACCAGCAUGAUCUGGUCUACAGACAUGCCAUUGACUUGUCUCAGGCCUUCACUGGCUUCACCUUCUUCAUAGACACGCUGGAUAGGCGCCGGUUGAAGGUGGUCAUCUCGGACGUAGUGCAGCCGGGCUACACCAGGGUCAUUCCCCUCGAGGGACUGCCCAAAUGCCGAAACCUGGACGCAGUUACAGCCAUCAAAGAGGCCAACAAAAAGGUGGAGCAGUUUGGGGAUCUUAUCAUCGAAUUUAAUUAUAUUUUCCCCAAGUAUUUGACGCCACGUAUGAAACAAAUGACUCGAGAGUUUUUCCGUGAAUUCCGCAAGCUGGAAAUUGAGCUGGAGGAGGAGGAGGAACGGCAAAUGGCUAAAUAAAAGUCUUUUUAUUGUUAUUCCCCAUUUAGAACACUUACAAUUUGGAGUACCUCACAAAUAAAUUCAAAUUUCGCGUUCAAA